AUCGCAGCUGCUAUAGAUCGCUGGCGCAAAUAAUGUAGCCGUAGCGCAAUUAUUGCCACCAGCCCGGGGAAGACAAGAUAGAGUCGCACUUGCUACCAGCGCAAAUGACCUUUUGGACAGAGGACAAUCAGCUUCCAUGUUUCAGCUUAUGUUGACCUUCGAUGGUAGAGAGGCAAGCACGGCUGCAAGGAGGGUGAAACCAGAAUGGCGAUCGGCCAGCUUGAAAUGAAACCACGAGAGCUACCGGCGGUUGUAAGAGAACCAGGGGAGAAGCAGCAGCAGCAGCAGCAGCAGCAGCAGAUGAUGGAUAGAAGGAUGGGACGAAAGCCAUUCACAGAGGGGUCCCAACAAGGUCCGAGACUGGGAACAUACCAAGGAAUGCCGCAAGAGAACUGUUGCCUCUUUAUUUGAAAGAUGUUGUCAGUGAUAGGCGUAAAGGAUUGUUAUUGAUAAACGUCAACGGGAAGCAACAACGGCGACAUGGAUAGAAA